GCCGCCCAGAACAACCGGAAGUCUGUGAGACGGAGCGGGAGCGUGCGUCGAAGGCCCGUUUCCGGUUUUGUCGCGCGCUUCGAGCCUCGGGCGGUCCACGGGGAGGGUCCCUCGGCCAGGACACAUGGAUGCCCACCCACCGAGCCUCAUGGUAGGAGUCUAACUGCCUCCAUUUCCUCACUUGUCCUGUGAGGGCCCCUACCUUUUCCUCUGGGAACCUACCCUCCACUGGCCCCUUGUGGCCCUUGCCAGGCUCAGGCAUGCCCACCCUCAAGGGAGUGAGCAAAACCCUGCCCAGAUUGGGGCCUGCCGGAAGCCCUCACGGGGCGGGGGGGGGGGGGGGGGGGGGGAGGUUUGUAGAUCACCAUGAUCUGGCUCCCUCCUCCUCCUCCAUACUGCCCCUCCCCUUGAUUUUUAGAGCCAAAGGGGCCUGGUGACUGUCUCACCCAAUCAUGUGCUUGAGACACACCAUGAGGUGGAGCCAGAAUGAGGCUGGCACCCAGGGUUCCCUGGGGUGCUGGUGUAUGUCUUUUCAGGAGGCUGUGACGUUUGGUGAUGUGGCCGUACACUUCUCGAGGGAGGAGUGGCAGUGUCUGGACCCUGGCCAGAGGGCCCUCUACAAGGAGGUAAUGCUGGAGAACCACAGCAGUGUGGCUGGACUAGGGUCUCUCUGCCUGCCCUCCUCCAUCCCCACAGCCAGAAACGUGAGGGAAGCCCUUACCAGAGGGCUUGCCCAGCCCUUGGAUGGGCUGGGAGCACGCCACAGCAUGGUCCCCCAGUGUGGGGGCUGGUGACCCUGGAAGGUGGGUGCCACUCUGCAGUCUGCUGAGGCCCCCAGGGCUUUGCACAAGGACAUGAAAUGGGGGAAGCCAGCAGGGUUCCUGGUCUUCAAGCCUGAGCUGAUCUCCCGGCUGGAACAAGGGCAGGAGCCAUGGGUCCUUGACCUGAAGGGAGUCGAGGGGAGAGAGGGGGCAAGAACCUUCCUUACAGAUUCUGCAGUUGGGAUUGCAGGUGAGCAGGCCUGUGAGGACAUGGAUGUUCUAAAAUCAGAACCCUGUGUGGCGAUGGUCAGAAGCCCCCCACAGGGUUUUCCUCAGAGUUCUAGCUUUAGAGACACCUCUGAUUCUGAGGUCUGGUCAGAGAGUAAGCCAAGCUCCCUCCUCCAGAAAAACCGCUUGAACACAGGGACUGUGGCUCCCAGGAAGACCUUUGCCAAGGAGGGUGUCCAGGGAUGUGGCGAGCUGGAGAGCAGUGGCGACCUGGGUUGUCAGCCUGGCAAAAGUCAGGGAGGUGCUGCCGAAGGGACAGUCCGAAGAUGUGACAUGUGUGGCGCAAGUUUCAGAUCUACUUCAGACAUUGCUCUGCAUCAAGAAAUUAAUACACAGAAGAAACCUAACAGAUGUCCAGAGUGCAAAAAAAAAUUACCUGAUUGUUUACAGGGGAAACAUGGAAGUAACUGCCAUGGAGAGAAGCCGUAUGAAUGUGAGGAGUGUGGGAAAGUCUUCAGGUUGUGCUCACAGCUUAAUCAGCAUCAGAGAAUCCACACUGGAGAAAAGCCAUUCAAAUGCAUCGAGUGUGGAAAAGCCUUUCGUCUGAGCUCAAAACUUAUUCAGCAUCAAAGAAUUCAUACUGGAGAGAAGCCCUACAGGUGUGAGGAGUGCGGAAAGGCCUUUGGUCAGAGCUCCAGCCUAAUCCACCACCAGAGGGUCCACACGGGGGAGAGGCCCUAUGGCUGUCGAGAGUGUGGGAAGGCCUUCAGCCAGCAGUCCCAGCUGGUCAGACACCAGAGGACCCACACUGGAGAGAGGCCCUACCAGUGCCAGGAGUGUGGGAAGGCCUUCAGCCAGAGCUCAACCCUGGCUCAGCACCAGCGGAUGCACGCUGGGGACAAACCUCAACUUCCAAGGAACCCAGAUGGCCCCAGCCUUGUUGCACAUCAGAGAAUCCACCCUACAGAGAAACCAUUUAAGUGUGACGAGUGUGGAAAGGCCUUCAGGUGGGUGUCUCGCCUUAGUCAGCACCAGCUGACCCACACUGGAGAGAAACCUUAUAAAUGCAACAAGUGUGCAAAAGCCUUUGGUUGUAGCUCACGGCUUAUUCGCCACCAGAGAACUCACACUGGAGAAAAACCAUUUAAGUGUGAGGAAUGUGGGAAAGGCUUUGUCCAGGGCUCACACCUAAUUCAGCACCAGAGAAUUCACACUGGAGAGAAGCCCUACGAGUGUAGUGACUGUGGAAAAGCCUUCAGCCAGAGCUCAAGCCUCAUUUACCAUCAGAGAAUCCAUAAGGGAGAGAAGCCCUACGAGUGCCUCGAAUGUGGAAAAGCUUUCAGUAUGAGCACACAGCUCACGAUACAUCAAAGGGUCCACACUGGGGAGAGACCCUACAAGUGUACUGAGUGCGGGAAAGCCUUCAGUCAAAACUCAACCCUUUUCCAGCACCAGAUAAUCCAUGCAGGAGUGAAGCCCUACGGAUGUAGCGAGUGUGGGAAGGCCUUCAGUCGGAGCUCCUAUCUUAUCGAGCAUCAGAGGAUCCACACCCGGGCCCAGUGGUAUCAUGAGUACGGGAAUACCUUGGAAGCUUCUACCCACGUGAGCCGUAAAAAAGUCAAUACUGUAAAGAAACUGCAUAAAUGUAAUGAAUGUGAGAAAAUAUUCAGGUGGCGCUCACAUCUCAUUAUACAUCAGAGAAUUCACACCGGAGAGAAACCUUACAAAUGUAACGAAUGCGGCAAAGCUUUUAAUCGGAGCUCAAGGCUUACUCAGCAUCAGAAAAUUCACAUGGGAUAGACUACUUAUCUUUAUAAAUGUGCAUAAAUGUGAAUAAACCUACAGCCUUAACUUUACGUAUUUUACAGGGGAUCAUUUAUACUAACAAGAAUUUAGAACGUGGGGAUAGAUUCCAAAUUACCCUCUUAAAGAAAAUGUCUAAAUUCAUAUAAAGUGGAUGUUCCUUUGUUAGAACGUGUGACCUUAGCCCACUCAGCAAAGCCUGUGUCCCUCGAGUCAGGGUGCACAUGUGUAGAGUUUCGAGUUCACAGAGGGAAGACCCUCAGUCCUAUGGAUGAGGAAGAUCACGGGAAAAGGCCUGUGAGCUUUGCCAGACAGGUAGCCUAGAAGUUACCCAAAGUCUUCCCUGUGCACUGGUCCCUCAGGUUGGCUUCAGCAGUCAGGAUGUGUUAGCUCAUGCUAGUGGAAGCCCAGA